GUCAUAUCACAUGGCCCCUUCGCAACAGACAGUAAACAAACCAUCUGGUAUUGUUGCCACGACGACAACGCUGAAGACAGACUCGUGUUAUUGAAACACGUUUUCUGAUUGUAACAAAACGAAACGCGUUAAUACGCGAUGUCCGUUCGCUCCGUGUUUGAUGACGCACCGUUCGCGUCAAGCGCGGUGAAGUUUGCAGAGGAUUUCAAGCGUGACACGCACCCUGAUAAAGUUAAUCUUGGAGGAAGGGAGUAUGUUGGAGACCAAGGAAAAACCACAUGGCUUCCUUUAAUACAAAAAAUAAAGGAGCAGAUAAUCACAGACCCCACUCUUAUCCCGGAGUACCAACCCAUCCUUGGUAUCCCAGAAUUUAACAGGAAGGCAACAGAACUUGCACUGGGAAGGGAUAGCCCUGCUAUAUUGCAAAGCAAGGUGUUCGGUGUCCAAACAUUAGGACGUACGGGGGCUGUUCGUCUCGGUGCCGAGUUACUCAGAUCCUGGUUCUGUUCCGGUUCUUCCUGGAGUGGACCGGUCCUCCUCUCAUCUCCCUGUGAUGAAUCACUGGCAGACACCUUUAAGGCAGCAGGGAUUCAGGAUGUAAGAUACUACCGGUACUGGGAUGCUGAAUCCAGCCGAGUGUGCGUUGAAAACAUGCUGCAUGAUUUGGAGAAUGCUCCAGAACAUAGCGUGGUGGUCCUGUUCGCUUCAGGGCAUCGUCCCACAGGGGCCGACCUCUGUCAGGAGGAGUGGAAACGUGUGACUGAGAUCAUGGUGAGGCGUCAGAUGUUUCCAUUCUGGCUGAUGCCCGCUCAGGGUUUGUGCAGUGGUUCUUUGGAUCGGGAUGCCUGGCCUGUUCGGCACUGUGUGUCUUUGGGACUAGAACUGCUUUGCGCUCAGUCCUUUUCCCACACCUUUGGCCUCUACGGUGAAAGGGUCGGACAUCUUUUUUGUGUGCUAAAGGAGAAUCUGUUGGCUGUAGAAUCUCAGGCUGAGAGACUUGUUCAGACACUUUGGUCCUGCCCCCCAAUGGACGGGGCGAGGGUGGUUGCCACUGUGCUUAGCAACCCUGCCCAUCUUGCUGAGUGGGAAAACAGUUUGAAAGUCAAAGCUGAACGGUGCAUGCUAAUGCGUGAACGUUUGCGUGAGAGACUGAGACUUUUGGCUACUCCUGGGUGCUGGGACAAUAUAAUAAAGUCUGGUGGGCUUUAUUGCUGCCUCGGGCUCACUGCUCAACAGGUUGACUUUCUGUCUCAGAGGAAACAUGUCUACUUGUUACCCAAGGGCUGUCUGAAUGUUAGUGCCAUAAACAGCCGUAACCUUGACUAUGUGGCAGAAUCUAUUCACCAAGCUUUGACCUCUCAACUCUGACCAUCGUACAAAUUAAAGAAGAUGGGUUGAUCUUUACAGUCACCUUUGCUGUCUCUUCCACUUUUUAUUAUUUGCACUUGAAAAUAAA